CUUCCCGCUCCCGAGCCGCGUCUCUGCAGCCCGGCGCCGCUCACACUCUACUCGCCUCUGUCGCGACCGGGAAGUUGCGGGUUCUCUCGACCCCCGUGGGCUAGGGGGUGCCCGAACAGCCGCAGAGCUGAGGAUCGGCGCCGUCGAGGGUCCUGAGAGCAUCCGCGAGCCAGGACUCGUUCACGUCCCCAGGCAGCCCCGCGUCCCCGCCCGUGUCCUGGACCCUCCCCGAGGCGCGCAGGUGUCGCCCGCCCUCCGCCUCGAGCCGCGGACGCUUACCUCCGCCCGGGACCCGCCAGAUCUACGGCCGCUCCCGCGCGCCCAUGCGACCCGCGAGGUCAGGCGCCCCGCUGCCCGCGCUGCUCGUGCUGGCGCUGGUUCUGUCCCCGCACGGGACCCAGGGUAGGCCCGGGGGCCGCAGGGACGCGCGUGUUGUGGGCGAGGAGCCGAAGCCCUGGCCGUCCCUCCCCGCCGCCUCCAGGAGCGCAGAAAUAUUCCCAAGAGAUUUGAACUUAAAAGACAAAUUCAUAAAGCAUUUCACAGGGCCGGUCACGUUUUCAGCUGAAUGUCGCAAACAUUUCCACAGGCUCUACCACAACACCAGGGACUGCUCCACGCCAGCCUAUUACAAAAGAUGUGCUAGACUGCUAAAAAGAUUAGCAGCGAGUCCUCUGUGCUCACAGACCUAGAAAAUCUACAUGAGCAUUUCUUAAGAAUGUAAAUCUAAUUUGAAGGGGAAAAAAGGACCUGGAAUCAUACCAACUGUAAAAAGAGACGAACCUCCUAAUUUUUUUUUUUUUUUUUUUGGUCUUUUUGUCUUUUUAGGACUGUACCAGCAGCAUAUGGAGGUUCCCAGGCUGGGGGUCCAAUCAGAGCUGUAGCUGCCCUGCCUACACCAGAGCCACAGCAAUGUGGGAUCCAAGCCGUGGCUGCAACCUACACGGCAACUCUGGAUCCUUAACCCACUGAGCGAGGCCAGGGAUUGAACCUGCGUUCUCAUGGAUGCUAGUUGGGUUUGCUAACUGCUGAGCCACGACGGGAACUCCCUGAAACUUCUAAGUUUAUGCUGCAUUAAGAUGAGUGAAAUAAGAGAUUUCUCAGAAAUGACUGGUGAGCUGUGUCCUAGCAGAAAAUGGGAUUGUCUUUGGCUUUUCUUAUGUAAAUUUCUUAAAACAAUGUUUAAUUCACAUAUUGCAAAUGGAAUAGUAAACAUUUUUCUAUUCUGCUUUACUUUUAUUAUAUAUAUUAUUUUCUUAUAUGGUAAACACUAUAUAUGUGUGAACUGUAUAUUUAAUUGUAUAAAUUAUGUCUGAGAGUGCUGAAGAGAAAUGAUAUUUUAUAUACAAUUUUUCAUAACAUGUUUGUUGAAUAAUCAGGUACGGAGCCCCCUGUUGUAAUUCUAAUUUAAUAAUAUUUAAGACCUUUUCAGAAUUUGUUGCUUUUAUUUGCCUUCAUUUGAAAUGAACAUUUUAGUAAAACUGAAAUAGGAAAAA